AUAUAAAGUUUGAUAUAUUUUUUUAUUUUAGGUACAUAUAAGAGCAGAUGUGACUACUAAAACGGUAAACGAUAGAAAUACUGAUCGAAAGCGUUACAGCGGACGUGGAACAUUUUCUAAAUCACAACGGAAACGAGUAUCCAACAUUGAUAGCGCCAAUAAAGAUUGUUUUAGUGAGAAUGAUUUAAGUAAUGAUGAGUAUGAAAAUGAAAAUUACGAAGGCGAUAACAACGAAUAUUUUGACGAUUACGAAUUUGACAAUGAAAAUGAUUCUGAUAGUCAUAAGACUGAUGAAGGUAUGGAAGAUGAACACAAUAUUGAUAUUAAUCCCAGUGGCAUAACCUCCAAAAAAGGAGGAGGUAUGACUCAAAGUAAAAGUGAAAAAAAACGUGCGGUAUCAAAAAAUAAUCGUAAACGAAAAAAUAAAAUUAAUGAAGCUGAAACCACUGAGACAAAAGAAUCUACUGAAAAAGUAGAUUUGAAAGCAUCUCGAUUAAAGCGCUCAAUAAUAAACAAUCAAGACCAAAAACUAGAAAAUAAAAACUCCAAUUAUAAUGAAUUAAAUGAACAUCCCAGUGCAGAGUUCGAAUCCCAUUAUGAAGGCGACGUCAUAAAUUAUGGUGAAAUUACAAAUGCUAAUUCUGAUGUAGAUGUGAUUAAAAAUAAAACAACAGUGUCAACAUCGAACCAAAAAGCAAUAACAAUUUCUGAUACGGAAAUUGAUAAAAAUAUUGAACAGACAGCUUAUCACAUAGAAGCUAACCAAAAAACAGAGAGAGGAUCUAUGCGAGACUCAAAUAAAAAAAACGCAAAAGUUUCUCCAAUAGUAUUAAAAGAGAAAACUAUAGUAGGAUCUACUUCAUUAGGCGGUAAUAAAACAGUUACAUUUUCUACAAAGUCUAUUGAUCUAAAAACAGAUAAAAAGUCAGAAACAUUAGGAAAUUCAAGUAUAGCAGAACAAUUAAAAGGGCAAGAAGAUUUUGUUUCUCCGACCGAUUUUAGCCAAGACAUAGCAGUAACUGAAAAAGACAUACUGAAAGAGACGGCUAUAAAGAUAACGAGUUCUGAAGAUUCCACAGUUAGUAAUAAAGUUAAUUCAUUUGAAAAAAGUAAUAUUAAAAACAAUGCGAUUACUGAAGUUAUAGACAACCAUAAUUAUGAAAAUCAAUCUCAAUUAAAAGAAAAUAAUGAUAAUAAUACGAAAUUUUUAUUGAAAAAUAACAUGAAAAAAUUGAAUGACAUAAAUAAAGAUAGCGGAGAAAGUAAAAAAGCUAAAAUACUUACAUAUAAUAAUAUAACUCCUAAAGAUGGUAUCAAUAAAGAAUCGAUGACAGAAAAUUCUGAGCAUGAUCAUACUUCAGGGCUAAAUGGUUCUUUGGGACGGCCAUUUAACAAAGCCAUUGUUGAGGUGUUAGACCGUGUAGAUACCCCUGAAGUCAAUAAUAGAAAUGUCAAUGAUCAAAAUAUUCUGCAGACUGAUUCUUUUAGCGUUUUACAGUCAGAGAUUGUUGAGCCGCCUGAAAAAUAUUGUUGUUGUCCUAAUUGCAGAAAAAAAUCAAAAAAUGCAAAAAGUCGUAUUCCCAGAUUAAAUAACAACUGUAGUUUGGCUCCAGCAAAUGACUUGAAUACUAUGUCUGUUACACGAGCUGUUCAGAUAAGUAGUAGAAAGUAUCAUAUAGAAAGAUUAAUAUUUUAUCAGCUAUCCGAGUUGAAAAGAUUACAGAUAAGAGUAGGAAAGUCUGAUGAACGUGUUUUAGUUAAACGAUUGAUUGAGGAGUAUGGCCGUACUGGUACAUUCAUCGGUUUACAACGAUACGAAGGCCCGUAUUCAUUUAAACGUUUUGAAAAAUAUUUAUAUGAUCAAUUGUCAACACUUCAGAAACAAUUACCUUUUAAAGAAGGUCAAUCAGUUAUUCCUCACGUACAAUCAAUUGAUGAAAUUGAGAAAAUUACUGGAGCUUUACGGCGAAUAAAUGCCGGUAAGACAGUCGUUGAAGACCCCGAUGAUUGUUUAUCAUGUGUAAGAUCAACUCAUCGGUGUAAUCAUACUACUCACGCGUAUACUGGUGUGCCAUGUGCUGCUUAUAUACCAAAAUUAAAACUUAAUCAUCAUCGAAUGCCAAAACUAGUAGCUGAUCGACAGCGGUUUUUACCGGACAUUCGACAAGAUGGUCCGAGAGCUACUCGAUGUUUAAGGAACGUUGAUCCAUCCAAACCUAUAACAUUGCAUUUUGAAAAUGGAUCAUGUUCACAAGUCAUUGAUUUACCAACAGACAAGUUAGACAAGAACAAACGGUACUUUGUUACAUUAACCAUUAAGGACACUGAUCUUCAAGAAAAAAAUCGAACUGUGACACCAAUUCUCAGUGACAAUAAUCACACUCUUUUGGCGCACACCCACGCUAAAAGCUUUUAAUGUCUAAAUAUAAAUCAUUAUUGUUUAUUAUAAUUUUAGUUUAUUCAUUAAACUAAUUCUUUUAGU